CGGCCGCGGACCCAGUCCAGAAGAACGGCUACUCCUUCCCCACCUUCUCUGACCGCCACCACGCGAACCGCCAUGCCGCCCAAGCGCGCGUGCCGGCUGGCGCUCAUGCUGGCGGCGGCGGGGUACCUCUGCUUCCUCCUCUUCCUCGAGCUGCCCUCCGUCUCCGUCGCGCCCCUCGCCACCGCCGACCGCCCGCGCCGCCGCGAGCUCGAGGCCCGCUCCUCCUCCACCGCGGCCCCGCUCCGGCCCCACACGCGCACCUUCCCCACCCCCCGCGCCAACUCCUCCUCCGCCUCCUCCAUCGACGCCGCCGCCUCCUCCGCCUUCGCCGCCGCGGCUCCCCUCCUGCCCGACCUCCUCUCCCCGUCCGCUCCCGCCUCCUCCUCCUCCUCCCCUUCCCCCUCACCGUCCGCCCCCGCGUCCUGCCCCGCCACCGUCUCCGUUCCCCGUGACCGCCUCGCCAGCACCCCGGUGGCCGUCGAGCUCCCGUGCGGGAUGGCCGUUGGCUCGCGCGUGACCGUGGUGGCCCGGCCGAGGAGGAGGGACGGGGCGGCGUCCUCGCAGUUCAUGGUGGAGCUGCUGGGCACCAAGGCCGUGCAGGGGGAGGAGCCGCCCAGGAUACUGCACUUCAACCCCAGGCUCGCCGGCGACUUCACCGGCCGCCCCGUCAUCGAGCUCAACACCUGCUACCGCAUGCAGUGGGCGCUGCCGCAGCGCUGCGAGGGCCCGCCGUCCCGGCCAGAAGACGACAGAGUUGAUGGCGAAAUCAAGUGUGAGAAAUGGACUCGGGAUGAUGGCCCCAAGACAGAUGAAUCAUCAUCAAACAUAAAGUGGCUGCUCGACAGUUUGAUCGGCAAACCGGAGCCAGACGAGGUCUCUGUCGAUCAGGCAUACCCCUUUGCAGAGGGCAAGCUCUUUGUCCUAACCAUCACAGCUGGUCUUGAAGGCUACCAUGUCAAUGUCGAUGGCCGACAUGUCGCAUCCUUCCCUUACCGCACUGGUUACAAUCUCGAGGACGCGACCGGCCUGUCGUUGAACGGGGACCUUGACAUCGAGUCGAUUUCUGCCGCCCAUCUGCCCAAAUCACACCCUAGCUUCGACCCACAGCGAUACCUCGAAAUGUCUGAACAGUGGAAGGCCUCACCUCUGCCGACUGAACCUGUCGAGCUGUUCAUUGGCAUCCUUUCUGCAGCCAACCAUUUCGCCGAGCGGAUGGCCGUUCGCAAGUCAUGGAUGAUUGCCACAAGGAGAUCGUCCAACAGUGUUGCCCGGUUCUUCGUCGCUCUGAAUGGGAAAAAAGAGGUCAACGAAGAACUGAAAAAGGAGGCAGAGUUCUUUGGUGACAUUGUUCUGGUCCCUUUCAUGGAUAGCUAUGACCUUGUUGUUUUAAAGACUAUUGCCAUUGCUGAGUAUGGGGUGCGAGUUGUGCAAGCGAAAUACGUAAUGAAGUGUGACGACGACACAUUUGUUAGAAUUGACGCGGUGUUGGAUCAAGUGAAGAAAGUAAAGAACGGGGGGAGCAUGUAUGUGGGGAACAUAAACUACUACCACAGGCCUCUGCGAUCUGGAAAGUGGGCUGUAACGUAUGAGGAAUGGGAAGAGGAAGUAUACCCACCUUACGCAAACGGACCGGGCUAUGUGAUUUCAUCAGACAUCGCUGAGUACAUCGUAUCCGAGUUUGACAACCAGAAACUGAGACUGUUCAAGAUGGAGGACGUGAGCAUGGGCAUGUGGGUUCAGAAGUUCAGUAAGACUCGCCAGCCGGUGGAGUAUUCGCACGACGUCAAGUUCUUCCAGGCCGGCUGCUUCGACGGCUACUACACGGCGCACUACCAGUCGCCGCAGCACAUGAUCUGCCUCUGGAGGAAGCUGCAGUCCGGGAGCGCUCAAUGCUGCAACGCCAGAUGACAAUGAGGCUGCCUGGUAAUUGAAAAGCAGCACCCGGGCUCUCUGCAGAAUCAAACAGCAAGGUUGAGUUCGAGUUUGAUCUUUGAUUUGGAGGCUCUCUGGAGAAUUAGCUUGCGUAAUUCGCUCAUUCUUUUGGUCAGUGGCUGGUUAAUUCAGCUACUGAUUCUGACACUAGCUAGAUGCUGACACCAUGUACAUGUGUCAAUUGUUUUUGACCUAGGAACUAACAGCUCUGCUGAUCUCACCUGUAUACCGGUUGUUCUCAUAUAUACAUAUUAGAUGUUUCAAGUCAAUCAUUUUUUGUAUUCAGAGGCACAUGUAUGCAAUGUCGAUUCCACAUGCAAGUAUGAUUUACCUAAGAAGUAUGCAUGUAUACACCUUCUAUCGCAGACUGGGAAAG